UUGUUAUUAUAUUGUCAAAUUUGUACCCGUAGGAGCAGGACGCGUAGCAGUACUUAGAAAACUUUAUUUUUAUAAUAAAAUGGCAGAAUCCGUGACAGAAAUACCGGUUAAUAUAGAAGAAAGUAUAAAAGAAACUUUACAUAAUGGAACAACCAAACCUUAUAUGAGUAUAGAAGGGGUGGCGGUCGCGUACUUAAGUUUGGUGGUCAUGGCAAUUUUACCCAUAUUUUUCGGAUCAUUUCGUUCAGUGAAAUAUCUUAAAGAGCAAAAGGAAUCUGGUGAGCGCCCUGAAACAAUGUCCAACCGUGAUGCACUCAUGUUCCCAGUGAUUGCCUCAUGUGCUUUAUUUGGUCUCUACAUAUUCUUCCAGUUCUUCUCCAAAGAGUAUAUAAACCUGCUUCUUACGGGUUACUUCUUUUUCUUAGGAGUAUUGGCACUUAGUCAUUUACUAAGCCCAAUCAUAUCAGUUAUGAUGCCAGCAUCAGUUUCAAAGGUGCCCUACCACAUAUUAUUUACUCGAGGUGAUCGAGAUGUGGUCAACUAUAAGUUCACCUCUUAUGAUGUCAUAUGUCUGGUUAUUUCUUUCGUCUUCGGCCUCUGGUAUUUACAUAAGAAGCACUGGAUCGCAAACAAUCUGUUUGGUAUUGCAUUUGCAAUCAAUGGAGUAGAGCUUCUGCAACUUAACAAUGUUGUUACUGGCUGUAUUUUAUUGUCUGGACUCUUUUUGUAUGAUAUUUUCUGGGUGUUUGGUACAAACGUGAUGGUCACUGUUGCCAAGUCCUUUGAAGCGCCCAUCAAAUUGGUGUUCCCACAAGAUAUUUUCGUGAAUGGCUUCAAUGCCAGUAACUUUGCCAUGUUGGGUCUGGGAGACAUUGUGGUGCCCGGUAUCUUCAUUGCUCUGCUUUUGCGCUUCGACAAAAGUCUUAAACGCAAUUCGGAGUUCUACUUCAGAGCUACGUUCACAGCCUACAUCGUAGGAUUAUUGGCCACGAUCGUGGUAAUGCACGUGUUUAAACACGCACAACCCGCUUUGCUCUAUCUGGUACCUGCCUGUCUCGCAACACCCCUUACUCUUGCGUUACUCAAAGGAGAUAUCAACGCUUUGUUCAACUAUGAAGACCAAACAGCCAUCGAAGAGAAAGCAGACGCGAGUAAGACAAAGAAAUCGGAAUAAUUUAGAAUAAAAUAAUUCGUCAAGCACAAAUUUAUUGCACACCAUGGUUAUUAUAAGGUAGGGACCAUGAUUGGCAAAAUUUUCAAAUACACGGCUAACUUAAGUUACGUUUUAGAUCUCAAACUGCAUCGUAUGAAAAUCCUCCUUAAAACUAUUUAAAGAACGUCGUCAUAUAAUGCUAUUCCAGUCCUUUAUUACGGGGACGAGUCGUUUAUUAGAACCAACAAGCGAUGAAAUAUAAGACCAAAAGCUAUUAAGGCACUACUAGAUUAUAUUUAUCUGUGAUUAUUUGUAUUUAGUAGAAAUUAUUAAAUGUCAGUCCUCUACAACACGUACGCGUACCUUAGUAUACGUACGUAAAUACGCGUAUGUGUGUAUACUUUGUUAGGCGAUCUGUACCAUGAGUAUGUCAGAGUAUUAAACGCUAACGGCAAAGCAAAAUUUAAUACAUUUUCUUGGCGUUUCUAUUUGUUUUAAAUUUUCCAUUGCGCGAUAAUUGUAAAGCCGUGUAUUUCUUAAAAUAAUUCAUUCGAUCUUCCCGUAUCUUCCAUUGGUGGUAUUUUGAAACUUGUUUAAUUAUUAAUAUUUAGCUAAAUACAAUUAGUUAUUGUUAGAAAAUACCUUAACGUGUUGCCCUUCUCACAAUUAUUUUUAUACUUUGAACCAUGUAAAUAAUAUAUUUUCUUACGAACUGGAAAUUAGGUUGUUGUUUCAGAAUUUACAUGUGUAUGUUACAAAUAAAUUCCCUCUUUAUUUUAUAAGUUCUUUUGCUUGUUUCUUUAUAACCUGUAUUUUUUAUUUUAUAUAGGCAGUUUAGAAAAUUUUGAUAUUUUUCUUAAAUACUUUUUGUUCUUAUCGUAUUCUUAGAUUUUAUUGUUACAUUUUACGGAUUCUACUUCAUAAUUAUCUCCUAAUCUACUAACGAAUGCUAACUUAUGGAGACUAAAAACAGCUGUAAAGUUUCUAUUUUAUUGUUAUAAAGCGAAAUAAAUCUUGAAUGCGAUAAAAUUUAUUCUUAUAUUAUUUCUUCACUGCCUAUAGUUUAUUGGUAAGUUUUACGUCAUAAUAUGAAUUUAUAUCGAAUUUAUAUACGACAAUUGACAACAAUGUCUGGGCUAAGUAAUAAAUAUUAAAAAAUA